CAGCCGUGCGGUAGUGUGCGCCUCGCCGUCGUCGCCGCCGCCGUCGCGGUCGUCCAAGUCGAAUCGGAAGUCGACUUCCGCAUCGGAACACGACGACCGUAAUAAUAUUAUUGUGUGCGGAUGAAGUUCCAGUCGGUCCAUUGUGAUAUUAUACGGAUAUCGCGAUAGCUUGUGCAUCACAGAUAACGUAGCCGCGGUUUCGUAGCGCCCAUUACACAGCGUUUCCGUUCGUCGGACCGCGGCAUUCCGGUAAUUUUUUUCUUUUUCGAGUGUAUCCCCCCGGCUAUGUGACGAACCGACGUCAUAAGAACCGCAUACGCACAACACGACGAUAACAUACCUGCGAAUCGUCUCGCGUUGUACGUCGACAAACUUUAAUAAUAGCGGUAAAAGUCAUUAUAAUCAUACGAUGCCGGCCGAUCGCCGCCACGGUCGUGGUGUCCGAUACUGUCCCGUGGCGACUGUAGACCUGACUGUGGUAAUAGCAUCGGUAUCUAUCACCGGAGGAGUCAUAGUGAUAGUAGGUGGUGGUGGUGGUGGUGGAGGAGGAAUAGGAAACGGUGUUCUUUGCUCUGCGACCGAGUUCAUUCCGAUCGCCGGGUGAUUUGCGUGCUUACGCGCACUGACGAUUUGACUGAUUAUAGAGACACACAUACACACUAAAAUCGUCACUGGUAUCGAAAGCAGAGUGUUAAUUGCUCAGCAUCACAAAGAGACCAUCCAGAUUUGAAAACGCAAACGGGUCAUGAGUUUUGUUUGGUGGAAAGAUUUUCGGAGAAAGAGACCCCCGACGGGCCAGCAGACGUGGAGAAAAUUUGACUAUUGGCGACAGACUACCGUCGACAACAUAGUCUACCAUCGGGUGAUGUCCUCAGUGACCACCUAAAGACUAUCACCAUCCUCUCCCUUCACCUACGCCUUCGACGGCCAUCACGUUAAUAUAUCUACUUUUUGUUUGGUUGGAUUAAUCCACUGCCACGGGUAUCAUAAUGGAAUCACUAGACGUGGCUGAAAACUUAUCCAGCCUGUCGGGCAUGGUAUUCAAAAUCGACCAGAACGAAUACGGUCUACUGGUAGAUCAGAACGGCACGGGUUACCUAAACGAUACCAACGUCACGAUGGACCCAAACCGAACGUAUUACAUUUUCGAGUCUGUCUACCCGUCAACGUACUCGAUACCGGAAAUAGUUAUUGCUUCAGUCGUGGUAAUCAUGCUCAUGAUCGUCGUUGUCGUGGGAAAUAUGCUAGUCAUCAUUGCCAUUGUGACAGAGAAAGCACUGAAAAACGUGCAAAACUGGUUCAUCGCCAGCCUGGCCGUGGCUGACUUCUUCCUGGGCAUCAUCGUCAUGCCAUUCUCAUUGGCUAACGAGCUGAUGGGCUAUUGGAUAUUUGGCGACUGGUGGUGUGACAUACACGCCGCACUCGACGUGCUUUUAUGCACCGCAUCAAUCAUGAACUUGUGUUUGAUAGCCUUGGACAGGUACUGGUCCAUUACGCAGGCCGUCGACUAUUUGAAGAAACGAACACCAGCUCGGGCAAUGGUCAUGAUCGGUUUCGUGUGGAUAUUCAGUGGAGUAAUUUGUAUACCACCUCUGCUUGGCUGGAAGGUCAAGAGGGUGCCUGAACGAUAUCCUAAAUGCGAGCUGAGCGAGGACUUGGGGUACCGGAUAUACUCGGCACUCGGUUCGUUCUACAUACCGUCGUGUAUCAUGGUGUUCGUUUACAUCCGGAUAUACUUCGCGGCCAAGGCGCGUGCGCGGCGGGGCAUCCGGAAACCGCCGUCGAAGCCGAAAAAAGGGGCGGCCAAAGCUGCAAAGGCGGCCGCCGCGGCGGCCGCAGCCGCGCAGAGCCCGUCGACCGUGUCGCAGACGACCAGUUUCAUCACGCGCCCGUCGCCGGCCAGCGUCCCGCUGACCGCGUUCCGGUCGCCGCCCGCGACGCCGGUCAACACCACGCUGCCGGUGAUCGCUUGCGACUACGCCAGCGACGCGAGCACUAGCGACGUGAGCAAGGACGGCGACAAGGACACGCUCAAGGUGUUCACCACGCAGGGCAGCCGCCGGCUGACGGUCAACGGCGACCUGGGCGGCGGCCGGUGCCGCGCGUCCAGCGUGGCCGUGGACACGGACAUGGUCAGCGAGCUGGAACCGUCGUCGUCGGACUCGGGCAACGUGCAGAAGUGCGGCGCCGUCAAGCCGGUCAAGUCGCGGCUCUGCAAGCCGAUAUUCGGCGUCGGCCGCAAGUCGGCCAAGGCGGCGUCGGCCAAGGCCAAACGGGACAUACUGGACACGGGCAAGGUGUCCAUGGCCUGCCGCAGCGGGGGCGGCGACGGCCACCACCAGUACGGGUCCGGCGCCUCGAACGCGGCUCACGGGGGCGCGGCCGCUGACCCGGCGCCGUGCCAGCCACGGCCCAAGCCCCGAGACCCCGAGCGCGAGAAGCGGCGCAUCGCCCGGAAGAAGGAGAAGCGCGCCACGCUCAUACUCGGCCUCAUCAUGGGCUCGUUCAUCGCCUGUUGGCUUCCGUUCUUCUUCAUGUACAUACUGAAGCCGCUGUGUCCGGUGUGCUACAUACCACCGCAGGCGUUCGCCAUCGCCUUCUGGCUGGGCUACAUGAACUCGGCCAUCAACCCGGUCAUAUACACGAUAUUCAACAAGGACUUCCGGCGCAGCUUCCGGCGCGUGCUGUUCAAAUGAUGAAAUCGCCGCCACACCGAUCCGGACGACCGGGCCGCGGUCCCCGCUCCGUCGCCGCGCUCGUGCGACAGAUCCUCGUCCGCCCGGCCGUCCUAUUCGACACGCGCCAUCGUCGCCUUUUCUUCUUCUACUCAUUGUUCUUCGUAUCCUUCAUAUUCUCGUUCUCUCGUAAUCAACAUCAUCAUUAUUAAUAUUAUGAUUAUUAUUACCUACUAUUGUUAUUAUUACUACUGUUAUCAUCGUUAUUAUUAUUUAUCAUAUUGUAUUAUAUUCUAUAUUAUUAUUAUUAUUAUUAUACGUACGUGCAAUACGAUCUAUCCGCAGAAAACUUGUCUUCUCGCGUCUCCCCCCCCCACACACACACACAUCCGACCGCCCAUCACUAGCCAUCCGUAGACACGUACGGAAUGUAAUCGCACAGUUCAAAAUACAAAAAGUGAAUUGUGUAUCCGUCGUAAUAAAACCAUAACUAUAGCGAUCAAACAUAAAUACGAAUAGCGAAUCAGUGAACUCUUCUCCAAUUCCACAGUGGGAUUCGAAAAAAUUGUAUUAAAUAUGAAAAUAUAUAUAAAGGUAAUAAUAUUUUUUAAUACCUUUACAACUACUACACUCGACAUUUCAACACCAACCACGGGCAGAUUGCGCAACUAAUUUCAAAUGAGCACUGCGAGUGCACAUAUACUCGCUAAUGUACACAUACAUGUUACAGUUAUGCGUGUAAAACGUAGUCGGUAUUCGCCAUUUCGGUAUCAUAAAGUAAUAUGUGGCGUAAUCAAAAAGGCCAUUCCGUGUAUAAAUUGGGUUACUGAAUUACGAGUUACGACGUAGAAAUCUACAAAAUAUAUUGAUCGUCAAUAUCAAAAUACACGCAUUCUUAAAAUUUUAUUUUUCCUUUUGAACAGUAUUAUAUUAUUCUAAAAAAUAAUUAUG